AUGGCUCUAAGUCGCGAAGCCUUGGAGGCGCCCAUGACCUUGCACUGGCUGGCUUCGGACCUGGGUGUGCACAUGGCCCCCAUGCUCCGUGUGAGCCGGUCCAUGAACCAGCAAAUGAAGUCCAGGCUCGAGCACUGGCGGCCCGCCUGGCAGCGCCAGAAACAGUUCUGCCGCAUUCUGCGGCUGGCCCGGCAGUCGGCAGGGGCCCGGCCCCCCCGGCAGCUGGAGAACGCCAGGCAGAUUCAGGAGCUGGCCAAGAGCAUUCUGCGGGUCCUAGGUGCGGACACCUUCGGGCACUUCGGGCCCACGGCGAACGGCGACCUCCGGCGCAGCUUCCGCAGCAUUGCGGAGGCGGCCCAGUAUGCGACCUGCCACACGGAUGAGCAGGUCCCCGAGUCGUGGCGAAUCUUCUUCCAUGCCAGACAGGUGGCGCAGGACAUCGAGGGCCGAGGAAAUGCUUGUUUGCCAGCGGAGUUGAGGCUCCCAGAUGCCCUGCUCUGA